AGCGAGGGCAAAGAAAUCAUUUGGUUUACACUAGCUCUUGAAAACUACACUGGAUUUUGGAUAGGACUCAGCGGUUCAAACGAAUUUGCUCUAUGACCUUGGGAGCACUUUCGCACGUGAGCAGUGCUAGUUUGUUAGCUGAGAAGGGUAGUAUUCUCAUAGUGACUUCUGAAUGGAUGACUUCUUAUGUUUCGAUGAAAGCCUGUUUGAACGUGAAGCCAAUGAUGAACGUCCCCGCUAUCCUGCGUUUCUUCCUAACAUUGUUGGUGACUUGAAAUUUCUACAUGAAAAUGAUGAAGAGUCUUUGAAGGCUUCAUCAGAUUGGUUUUAUUUACUGAACGAAUAUGAUCGUUGUUCAGAGUGUUUACUCAAAUUAUGGGGGAUAGAUAGUAUUCAAGCCUCGGAUGGAUAUCCAAAAAGAAUUAUUACUGAAGCUAUUGUACGAUGCUUUUUAAAGUUGAACAAGAAACAAGACUUGUCAUUUUUUCUUAAACACCAUUGCCAGUUAUCAAUCACUCAAGAAGAUUAUAUUGGACAUUUAAUGAUACGUCUUAUGCCUCAAGCGUAUGAAUCGAAACGAGAUCGAAUUGAACUAUUACAACGUCUUCUACUGGCAGUUCCACCGUCUUUUUUCGACGGUGAUUCCUCUCUUGUCAAUAACACUAACAGUUCAUCUACACAAUUUCAACUAUGGGUCGAUUUGUCGUCUUUAUGGAGUUCCAUUGAAAUCGACGAUGCAGUACAAAAACAAUUUUAUCCUGUUUGGUUCACUCAAAUAGCCUUACUCUAUGCAGAAAUUCUAAAUAUUCCUACAAAAGGGAUUAAUAGUUCUAUAAAAUGGGUUGAUGAAUCGCUUACUCAAGAACAAAUUAAUACAUGUCGUGAACUUCUCUCUAUGUCGUAACACUUUCGACACCUUGUAAAUCGCUAUGACGCUCUGACAAUAUGCUUGAUAAUGGACAAAAGUUUGUUAAAAUUGUACACUUUUAUUUUAUUAAAGAAUUCAGGUUGUACGCGGUGGAUGAGAACUGGCGAUUAUUCUGCGCCAAUGUUUUUUAUUUCUUUGUUCAAAUUUAUGAAGGCGAAUCAUUGUAUGAAACUCAAUUUUCAGCUGAUGAUGAGUCAUGGGUGCGAGUCCCGCAUGGUCUAUUUCAGCCUGGACAACUGGGUAGUAUCAUCAGAUCUCACACGAUAAGUGUAUGGCUCUUAGUCUGGUGCAUAUAACAUGUGUUCCGAUUAAUAGUUGACACAAAGCGUUAACUGGAUUCUUUGAGGGCAUUUGAAAUCAAUGAGUCAAGUAUUACGCAACGAUGAUGUACCUGUUAAUGUACAUGGGAAUAAGGUGCAUAUAUAGCGUCUGGGCUAAUACUUGUGUGGCUGUUCUAACCUAAUUGGGUGAGUGGUGUUCAAACUUUUGACAUGCUGGUGAUGACAAGUAGGACGCCUAAUUCAAUGGACCACAGAGCCAGUCUAACUGAUCUGACACACAGAUUAAGUAUAAAUCUACUUCAUAUAAUGUAGUAGUAGUGAUUGCUAUCCAUCUUUGCCAAUCAAACAUUUUAAUGCUAUAGAAAUACUGUUGCAGAAUUUAUUUUGGUUAAGUGCUAUCAGGUUUCGGGUUGGAAUCCCCACUGAAGUACUGAAAACGGAUCUAGAGACUGCAGCCGAUAUCCUCACGCUACUAUUACAGAAGGUUUGAAAGGAAGGAAAAGGACCUACUGAUUGGAGUAAAAGUUGCCUUGUCAAACUACCAAACUAGGGUGAUUUACGCCUCUACAAAAACUAGCGUCGAAUAAUGCUGUCGUCCACGCCAAGUAAAAUACUUGGUCGAAUCAUCCUAGAGAGAAUAAAAGAUGCACUGGAUACAGAGCUCCGUCAACCGGAACAAGCUGGAUUCAGUAAAGGC